CUUCUCAAAAAAAAAAAAAAAAAAAAAAGAAAAAAAAAAAAGAAAAGAAAAAAAAAGUCUGCACAAUAAUUAAUAAUAAUAUAAUCAUGAACUCGUAUACGAAAGCAAAUCCCUCCGAUGAAACCCUAACCCACUCCAAAGAAUCGAAACCAGUUGCCGGCGGUAGCGGUGGCGGCCACCAUGCGGGGUACGCUCCCUAUCCGAAACUCGAGCCAGACGACGUCGCUCCAGUCGCUAAUACCUGGACCACCACCACGACGUCAGUUCCGGUUGCCGGCGAGCCUCCGAGAUUCACCCCCGGUCAGAUCCCCGCCACCACCAUGCCCAACGAGUCAAAUCCCUAUAUCUCCGCCGAUCCCGUGACGGAGUCUUCCAUGAAGAAUAACGUCGACAAGGUUAAGGAUGUUUUGGGUAAAUGGGGUAAGAAGGCUUCAGAGGCCACUAAGGCGGCUGAAGACUUGGCCGGAAACAUGUGGCAGCACUUGAAAACGGGCCCAAGCCUGGCAGAUGCUGCUGUUGGAAGAAUAGCACAAAGUACCAAGGUUUUGGCCGAAGGGGGAUAUGAAAAGGUCUUUCAGAAUACAUUUGAAAAUAUCCCAGAGGAGAAACUCCUCAAGACUUACGGGUGCUACUUGUCUACUUCUGUGGGUCCCGUUGUGGGAGUCCUAUAUUUGUCGUCUGCAAAAGUAGCAUUUUGUAGCGAUAGUCCUCUUUCGUACAAAGUGGGUGACGAGGUUUCUUGGAGCUAUUAUAAGGUGGUUAUCCCGUUGUAUCAACUGAAAGCAGUUAAUCCUUCAACAAACAAAACAAAUGCAUCUGAAAAAUAUAUCCAGAUUAUAUCUGUCGACGGUCACGAGUUCUGGUUCAUGGGAUUCAUGUACUAUGACAGUGCAGUGAAGAAUCUACUCGGUGCACUGCAGGAUUAUCACUCGUAAAAUUAUUAUCGUAAAGAUAUUAUUGCAGUGUCAUUUCAUGUGUUUAUGUUAAGGUGUGCAGAUUAAAAAAUAUAUUCUUAUAUAUGGUUGAAGAUAUUGUUGUAUGCUGCAAUGUAGGUGCAUUGUGUUGUUGUGUGUGUGCCUGCAUUUGUUAAUUUAUGUGAAAACAUUGAACAGCCAACUUUACAGCAAAAGGGAAUGUUUUGUUUUGCAUAUGAAUCAUCACUUUGUGUUGUAAAUAAUAAUAAUAAUAAUAAUAAUAAUAAUUUUUUUU